AUGCAGACGAUUUUGAAGUAUGAACUCCCUUUACGUAUUGAUUCAGAAGAAUGCGACAAAAUGAAGAAUGAGAAUUUAGUGACGGCGUGCUUGAACUCGGAGGUUAUAAGUUCGAAACAUUGUGGCUCUGAAGUGAAAUACUAUCAGAUUUCGAAAAGUAACACUGUUAGAGAAGCACUGAAUAAAGCAUUUCCUCCAAUAUUUUACAAUGAUAUGGGUGCAAAGUGGGUCAAAUACGUGUCAAAAAAGUUUUCUACUGCACUUGAAGUUAGAAAUAUGGAGGUGGAGAUGGAGCGAACACUUAAAAGCCGUUGUGGUCGCAAGAAGCCCCUUUGUGUUGUCAGACAUGAUGUUCUGAAUGAUGUAGCAAACGAGACACUGCGUCAACUCAUUGUAGAUUGCCCAGAACAAGGACUUUUAUUUAAGCGUGUAUUAGAUCACUAUAAUACAGAGUUCUGUGGAUAUGAAACACUUCUGAAGUUUACUGAAGGAUUUAUAGGACGAAAGAGAGUGGCUUGGCAGUAUAUCUUAGGAGAACAUGAGAAGCAGAUUAAGGAAUUAGAAAAAUCAAAGAAAUUACUAGAAUUUCAGGUUGCUGAAUUAAAACAAAAAGCUGAUGCAUUGGAAAAAAAGAAUCAAGAAGCUAAAGCUAAACGAGACCACAUUAGAAAUGAAGAGAUAAAAUUCUAUAAACACUAUGGAGAACAACUUAAGACUCAACUUGACGCUUCACUACUGCCAUCUAACUGA